UCUUUUAACUAUAUGUAAUCAGCUCAAGCGACUAAUACAUUUAUUUUGCCUCAUGAAUAAGAAUGCUUAUUCGAGCAUACAUCAUGACGUAGCUGAUAACGUAUCUAUAGUGGGAGUUAGUCGUUCUUGUGUUUUACCUCGACCGAUCAACCGAAGUUUGUUAUUCAGUCAAUGGCUUUUUCUUGGCGUCUGUUAAUGGCUUCGCAACUGGCCAAAAAAUUGUGCGAGCCAAUACAUCGAUUCGUGUCGACUAGCUCAGCUUGGUGCGGUAAAAUAAUACCUUUUCAAUUAGUCGACAUUGGUGAAGGUAUUCGAGACGUCACGGUAAAAGAAUGGUUCGUAAAACCAGGAGAUCAGGUAAGUCAGUUCGACGAAGUCUGCGAGGUGCAGAGCGACAAAGCAUCAGUAACGAUCACAAGUCGAUACGACGGCGUCGUCAAGGCUCUGCACUUCAAGGUUAACGAAAACGCCUUGGUCGGCGAAGCGUUAAUGGAUAUUGAAAUUGAGGAUUCGGAAGAUACCGUGAAAGACGCGGAAAAAAACAAAUCGAAAAUCAAACGUCAGACUGUUGGCGAUGAGGAAAAAAGAUCAGCGGAAUUGAAAAAAAUUAAUGUGGACAAAAUAUUAACGACUCCGGCUGUAAGAAGAAUCGCCAUGGAGAACAAUAUAGAUCUGAAGGAUGUAAUGGCGACUGGUAAAGACGGAAGGGUACUUAAAGAAGACAUAUUGGCCUAUCUACAACAAAUUUCGGCAACUCCGAAAGUUAAGACGGAAGUUAAAACAGAAGUUCUUCGAAACAUGACGAGCAGGACCAUUGAACUCGAAGAACUCUCGAGUAGAACAGUCGCGUACAAAAAAUAUUCGAAGCACAUGUGGAAAACUAUGACAAAGUCUCUGAGUAUACCGCAUUUUGUUUAUAGCGACGAAUGCAACGUAGACCAGGUGAUGUAUUGUCGAAACAAAGUUAAGGAUUCCUUGAAGAACCGAAACGUUUCUUUAACUUUUAUGCCGUUCUUCAUCAAAGCCGCUUCAAGAGCGUUGGAACAAUAUCCCGAAUUGAACUCAUGGCUGGACGAAGAAACACAAACACUGCGAAUUUUAGCUAGUCACAAUAUCGGUAUCGCUAUGGAUACUCCGGAAGGCUUAGUGGUACCGAACAUCAAGAAUGUACAGAAUCUUAAUAUUUUAGCCAUUGCGCGAGAACUCAACAGACUCCAGGAACUCGGCAGAAAGGCAUCGAUACCGCUCGGUGAUUUGACAGACACAACAUUCUCAUUAUCAAAUAUAGGCGUGGUCGGUGGAACGUAUACGAAGCCAGUAAUUCUACCGCCACAGAUAAUAAUCGGUGCAUUCGGAAAGAUACAAAAACUGCCUCGUUACGACGACAAAGGAAACAUUGUUCCAGUCAACAUAAUGUCGGUUAGCUGGGCCGCGGAUCAUCGCGUUCUCGACGGAGUCACAGUAGCCAAAUUCUCAAACUUGUGGAAGCAUUAUGUAGAGAAUUCUAUAGAUCUGCUGAUUGGCGCGUGAAAGUGUCAUGUGUAAAAACUCUGAUUAAAAUAUUUAUGUAAUUAGAGAAAGAUAUUUUAGUAGUUUUUUUAUAUAUUUUUUAUGAAGAUUAGAAGAUUUAUAAAGUUAGAAGAUUUAUAAAAAAUGUAAACACAAAUUUCGUAAAUAUUUAUAAAAAAAUUAAAAUAAUGUAAAGUUAUAGCAAUAUCUUCAACAUUAAUCACAGAAUAAACAGAGUUAUUAAAAUUUUUUAAAUCAAAAUUGCACAGCAAGAAAAAAAUAAAAUGA